AUGACUCGGGCUCUCUCCAUACUUGCUUACUUUUUCUCUUUGAUUUACUGUAGCAGCUGUGCUGACUCAGAGGAGCGUCUCAUGAACUGGUUGCUGGGAAAGGAUCGAUACAAUCCACUCAUCCGCCCCGCUAUCAACAGGACCGAGAGAGUCCCAGUGAAGCUACAAGUGUCUCUGGCUCAGCUCAUCAGUGUGAAUGAAAGAGAACAGAUCAUGACCACAAAUGUCUGGCUUACUCAGCACUGGGUGGAUUACAGGUUGUCAUGGGACCCUGCAAAGUAUGAAGGUAUCGACAAGCUGCGCAUUCCCUCCAGACACAUCUGGCUCCCAGAUAUUGUCCUGUACAACAACGCUGAUGGUACCUAUGAGGUAACAGUCUUCACCAAUGCCAUUGUCCUUUUCAAUGGCAGCAUCAACUGGCUUCCUCCAGCCAUCUACAAAAGCGCCUGUAAGAUCGAGGUCAAACAUUUUCCCUUUGACCAGCAGAACUGCACUCUCAAGUUUCGCUCUUGGACGUAUGACCACACAGAGAUCGACCUGAUCUUGAAGACUGAGGUGGCUAGUAUGGAUGAUUUUACUCCCAGUGGGGAGUGGGAUAUCCUGGCACUGCCAGGCAGACGAACUGUAAACCCCCUGGAUCCCACCUACGUGGACCUCACAUACGACUUCAUCAUCAAGAGAAAGCCCCUUUUCUACACCAUAAACCUCAUCAUCCCCUGUGUUUUGAUCACCUCUCUGGCCAUCCUGGUCUUUUAUUUACCUUCAGACUGCGGGGAGAAGAUGACCCUCUGCAUCUCUGUCCUCUUGGCUCUCACUGUUUUCUUGCUUUUGAUCUCAAAGAUUGUUCCUCCCACCUCACUGGAUGUGCCCCUUAUCGGCAAGUACCUGAUGUUCACAAUGGUGUUGGUGACCUUCUCCAUUAUCACCAGUGUGUGCGUGCUCAACGUACACCACCGCUCUCCCAGCACCCACACCAUGCCCACCUGGGUCAAGCUGAUAUUUCUUGUCAAACUGCCGGCCUUACUCUUCAUGAAACGCCCUCAGAAUAACUCCGCACGCCAGCGACUUCGCCAGCAGCGGUGUCUACGGGCGAGAAGAGCCAUUCUGGGCUUGGGUUACCCAGUCGUAUCCAAAACAGGUAUUACCAUGUCGUCUUCUGCCCUGCUGUCUUCCGAUUCUGCCUUCUCCACCCCAGGACACAAAAAUCUAGCACCUCCGCUGGGCUACAGUCACUCUAACAGAAAGGGGGAUUUGCGCUGCACUGAUUACCUCCCCAGUGGUUUCACUUCCACCCAGGACCUCCAGCAGAGAAGCAGCUCAGAUUGGGCUGCUGAUGUCCAGGAGGCGGUGAACGGGGUGCGCUUUGUGGCUGAGCACAUGAUGGGAGAUGAUGAUGAUCAGAGUGUGAUUGAGGACUGGAAGUAUGUGGCAAUGGUGGUGGAUCGUAUGUUCCUGUGGAUCUUUGUGAUAGUGUGCGUGGUUGGAACCCUGGGCUUAUUUCUCCAGCCUGUCUUCCAGAGUCACAUUGUCCCCAGCCAGCAGCCAAGCUCAGAGACUCCUCGCAUAUGA